AGACAGGAAGACUUUUUAUGAAGCAAAGAAGCACUCUUUCGUUGAUAGCAAAUUGGACAAAAAGGUGUACAAUGAUGCAACUCUUUUCUUUUUCACAAACUUUCCUGAAGAUUAGGCCUAUGAGGAGUUGUGGCGAAUGCUCAAAAGACAUGGUCGAGUAUAUGAAGUUUUCUAUCCAAACAAACAUGACAAGUAAGGGAGACAUUUUGGUUUUGUGUGCUUUCAGGAUGAGAAUCAGGAACUUAAAGCUUCAUGUUAAUGGGCGGAGGUUUGAAAGGAAGGCAAAAGGUGACAAGUGGGUUUUCAAACCAAAUGUAGUAGUAGAGAAGGUGAAUGAGCAGCAACAAGAAAGAAAGCAGGUUAAUAGGACUCGUAGCUAUGCUAAAGUGGUAAGGAAUCAAGAAUUGAAAGCUAGUGUUGCAGAAGCAAAAGAGUUUGAGGUCUAUGGCAAAAGGAAUGACUCCCUUGGUUUCGAAAGGCUUGAAAGUGAGGAAGAGGAAUGUGAAUCAUGGCCAUGGUGGUCAUCAAGGGACUCAUUUUCAAAAUUGGGAGGCCGCUUUGAUGAAAAUACAACUAGAGAAGCAAUGGAGGUGGAAGAUGAUGACAUGGAAGGUGGUGAUGUGGAAAUACAAAUAGUAGGGGUGGUUAAUGAUGUGGAAGAUGAUGUGGCCAACUAUCAUUUACAUGAUGGGAUAAAAAAUAUUAAUAGUAGUGAUGAGCUGAGUUUAAAUGGUGAUGUUAAUGGAGAAGGUUGUUUUGAGAGCGUGAACAGGGAAGCUUCUAGUAAGCUUUUGAGUUCCAAGGAAAGUGGGCCUGAGGUUGGUGCAGACUAUAAUGGGCUUGGAAAACAACCUGAGAAGAAUUGUGGGACGGUGGAUCUUGAUGAUCAGAUACAAAAUGAGGACAUCGAAAACAUUAAAGCUAGAUCCAAAAUAAAUAAAAAUGCCAAAGAUAUUUCUUUGGUUGGAGAUGUAUUAACAACAGUAACAGAGAGGAAAACAACGAUAUCUGGCAAAAUUUGGAUAGUGAUUCUAGUUAUGAACAAGAAAGGAGGAAAUGUGAAAGGAAGAAAGAUAAGGGGCUUCGAUGGAGGAAAGCAAAAUCUUAUGCUUCUGUGUACAAGGAAGCAAAGUUUAUUGCCAUGGAAGCUUUUCAAAAUUGCAAGGGGGAGAUCGAGGAAGAAUUAGUUGGUCGAAGCAGAGUCACUGUUCAUCCCAAAUCAAGCAAAACAAGUUGUAGGUGCGUCUCUAAAUGAUAGUGUUAUUGUUAAUUGUAACAAUUGCUUGAAGAAUGAGGCCCAUGAAGAUGCAUUUAGGGAUGUAUGGGAUUUUGCAAAAGAAUUAGGAGUUGUAGCUGUAGGUGAUCAAAUGGUGGUAUUAGAAAAAUUACAAGAUAUGGAGAGUAAGGAUAGAUUAAAACACAAUGACUUAG